CCAUCCUCCACAAUAAUUAUUGCUAAUUAAUCCCAACCAAUCUCUUAACAAGCUAGCCUUCCCUUCUAUAUCCCAACCAACUCUUUCUCUUUAGAUUGAUUAAGAUUUUUCGAAAUUAUGGUUUUGUCUCCUAGAAAUAUCCAACAAGAAGAAGCAAGUGAAGAGUUUGUUCUGCAAAAACAUGUUGCGUUCUUCGACCGGAAUCAUGAUGGCAUUAUUUAUCCUUGGGAGACUUUUCAAGGAUUUCGUGCUAUUGGAAGUGGUAUUGCCUUCUCUACCGUAGCUGCACUCCUCAUCAAUAUUAGUCUUAGUGCCAAAACUUGUCCUGGGAAAUGUUUUAGUCCACUCUUUCCCAUUCAGAUAAAAAACAUACAUCUGGCUAAAAUUGGCAAUGACGAUAGAGGAGCCUACGACAGUGAAGGAAGGUUCGUACCAACAAAGUUGGAAGAAAUGUUUACAAAUCAUGCACACACACAUGAGGAUGCUUUGACGGGAAAAGAAGUAUGGCAUCUGUUGAGGGCCAAAAGGGCUGGCAAUUUCAUCAACGAAUGGGUCGUCGCCUUUGUUGAAUGGAUCGUGUUAUUUUCAAUUGCGAAGGACAAGAAUAGUCUGCUCCAGAAGGACACAUUUAGAGCUAUUUAUGAUGGAAGCUUAUUUGAACGAAUGGAGAAGGAACGUUCCUCGUCCAAAAAGAAAGACUGAUUUUCUAAUUACAAUAAUGGGAUCUCAAUGAUCAAGUUUAAGAAUUCUAAAUGUUAAAUUUAAAAUAAUAAAAUAGUGAUAUAAUUUGUGAUUU